AAAGGGAGAAGAACAGUGAGACAUUACAUGUUCCUUAACUCAGUUCAAACAUUUCACCGCACACUCACUUCAAUCAUCUCUGUAAAUUUGGACUAUUUCAAAGAAGAUAAACAUGUGAUUCUCUUUCAUUGUCUUGCCUUCUAUGGGGUUGAACUGCGACCAUAACCAUAACAAUUCAUCAUUUCAUGCACAGUAGUUAUCUUCUGCUUAGGCUCACCCUAUAAAUUCCCUAAUUACAGCAACUUAAAAAACCCACCAAAAUUUCCUUAUGCAUUCCUUUUGGGUUCACUAAGGUUUUUUGGAGACUUUAAGUUUAUACCUUUCAAGUCCAUUCACACUGUUGUCAGUUCUAAGAGAGAGAUCUAGACAGUUUAACCAUUUGGGGUGCGAAGAACAAUCAAACUCAAUUCUGGGUGUGAGGUUCAGCAAUCUUCAUCAAGUGUCACUAAAUUAGUGACCUUUUUGAUCAAAGGGCCAAAAGGGUACUAGGGAACCUCCCCAAUUUGUUGAAUUUCUCCCCCAAAAUAAUGGUGGCAGGGAAUGGAAUCUUUUAUCCCAUUCUGGGUUUUGCUUCGUUUGUGGUUUUCAUUUACAUGUCUUUCGGAGGCUUAAGGUUCAGUUUUGAUGAAGGACCAGAAUUGGGUUUUGUGGAGAGAAACGGGACGCAGUUUAUGUUGGAAGGAAAAGCAUUCUACGUAAAUGGGUGGAACUCUUACUGGUUAAUGGUCCAAUCCGUGGAUGUUUAUUCGAGAUCCAAGGUUCGUGAAAUGAUGAAAACCGGAGCUAAGAUGGGUCUCACUGUUUGUAGAACUUGGGCCUUCAAUGAUGGUGACUACAAUGCCCUUCAAACUUCGCCUGGUCGCUUUGAUGAACAAGCUUUCAAGGCCUUGGAUUAUGUCAUAGCAGAAGCCAGGCAACAUGGAAUUAAGCUCCUCCUCAGCUUAGUGAAUAACUUGCAAGCAUAUGGUGGGAAGAGUCAGUAUGUCAAGUGGGCAUGGCAAGAAGGGGUAGGGUUAAGCUCGUCCAACGAUUCUUUCUUCUUUGAUCCAUCUAUCCGUAGUUAUUUCAAGAAUUACAUCAAGACUGUCUUGACAAGGAAAAAUACUUUCAACGGAAUUGAAUAUAGAAAUGACCCCACCAUUUUUGCUUGGGAAUUGAUUAAUGAACCUCGUUGCAUGUCUGAUCCUUCAGGUGACACACUCCAAGGAUGGAUACAAGAAAUGUCAACUUUUGUCAAAUUGAUUGACAAGAACCAUCUGUUGACUGUGGGGCUCGAAGGUUUUUAUGGUCCUAAUGAUCCAAAAAGUUCAACUGUCAACCCUGAGCUUUGGGCAUCCAGACUUGGGUCUGAUUUUAUUCGGAACUCCAAACUAUCAAAUAUCGAUUUUGCCUCUGUUCAUAUCUAUCCUGACCAUUGGUUUCAUGACCAAGGAUUUGAAGAUCAACUGAAAUUUGUGUCCAAGUGGAUGCAUUCCCACAUUGAAGAUGGCGACAAAGUAUUGAAGAAACCUGUCUUGUUCUCUGAAUAUGGAUUAUCAGAAAAGAAUCAGAAUUUUUCAUUGUCUGACCGAGAAAAAAUGCAUAGAACUGUUUUAGAUAUAAUUUAUAAAUCUGCUAAAAAAAACAGGUCUGGAGCAGGUGCUUUAGUUUGGCAAUUCUUAGUUGGGGGAAUGAAGGAGUUUUCUGAUGAAUAUGGGAUGGUCCCAUGGGAAAGUUCGUCAACCCCUUCUGUAUUUAUUGAACAAUCAUGCAGAUUGGCCAAUGCCAAGGGAUGGACUCAACAAGAUUUAAGUUUCAAAGAACAUUGUUAACAAAAGAAAAGGUGGAAUAGAAAUAUGGAUAAGAUAUGGUUAUUUGUUGGGCAUUUAAUGGCUGGUUCUUGUACAAUACCUUCUGGUUUCAACUUUUCAUCACCAAAUAUUGGAGUGGAGUGAUUAGUUGAGUAUACAAUGUGGUAGCAUGGAUUAGAGAUUCUUAUAUAACAAAGUAUAUUUAAAUUGUCAUACUGAUAAACAAAAUCUUCAAUGAAACCUAUGUAAAUGAAGGAACAACUUUCUAUGAUGUGUAAUUGAAAUUACAUUAUCAAGUCCAAUUUGCUCUGCUGGUUGUAUGU